AUGCCUCACCUCCACCACAGAAGACGCCACUCCUGGCCCUACUCCGGACCCAGGAAACAGCCCCUUCCGAUUAUCAAAGUCUCCGCCCCGGACGACGAGCUCGCGCCGCCCUUCCUCACGCCUCUCGCACCGGAGGAUCUAUUCGAUGACCCCGACGCCGCUUCUGCCGGCAUAGUCCGUUCUCCGAACCACCACCAUCAUCAUCACCUCUGGUCACAUUUCCGAACCGCUCCUACAGACAAGACGCCCCAUCUUAGCGGCAGCACCAGUCCUCCAGGCACGUUCAGACGGAUGAUAAGACCGCCGCUGGAUAAGGCGCGGUCGCUGUUUACUGUGCCGACGACCACGGCGACGGGGGAGAGUGUCUGGGUGGCGUAUUGGGUGCAGCAGGGGAAGGGAGGUUUGUCGCGCGGGACGGAGCGGACGACGGGCACGGGUAUGGGCACGGAGAGAGUGGAGCGGUAUCAUCGGCGGUGUCAUUCGGAGCAGCCGCGGUCGUGGAGAGAGCCGAGUGCGAGUUUGUGGACGUUGUUGGAGGAGUGA